CAUGUCGGAUUAGGAGCUCUCGAUGUGCUGAGGCAGCGCAAGUUUUCUGUAAGCAGCGCCUGACUGAGGGCAUGGAGGCCCUUAGAGGGGAUAUUUUCCCUUGGCGACGGUAAUUCGACGGGACUAAUUCACGGAAAGUCGCCGCUUGGUUUUUGUCCUAUAUCUGCGGUGUGCUAUCGACUUCCAACAUGCCCUACAUCAACGAACGAGGCGAAAUCAUGGAGUCGCGGCCUCUGUGGCGGAUAGGAACCAUUACCGAUUUUUUCCAAGGCUUCGCCCGGAUGGUUGCUUUAUUCUUUCAGACUUUGUUUAUGAUGGAUUCUGAUAGUUCAAGCAGAUCAUCGUCGUCAAGGCCUGGAGGGACAAAUGCAAGAAGACCUCCUGGGCCACAACCUAGACGCAGGCUUGGUGGUUUUGGAAACCUUGACUCUGGCACGAUGAACUGCUCCAUUCCUGGUGGCGGAUGAGGCUAAAGGGUCUUCUGUGCACAGAAGACCCGAGAAGAUAUUAUGAGCAACCACCUUAAAGCACUCUUUCUGGGCAACAUGAUGAUGCCCACCCUUUCAACUCCACUGUGAACUAGGGUGUGGCUGAAGCUUUGCUGAAGAGUUGCUUCCAAUAAUGUAUCAUCUAAGUGUUUCCUCACACAGCACAAAUUAGUAAUUGCUUUGUAACUGGUUUCAAUAAAAUUGCACGAGCAAACCAUGACAAGAUGUUAUAAUGGCCUAAUAAAGUAUUCACACGUUUAUAUAA